AUGCACGGACUGGUGGCCACCGACGAGACCGGACUCACACGACAGGAUGUGUUGGAGCAACAGUUGGUGGACAUUAGGUUUGCGUUUGUCGUUCACUUGUGUUUUAGUCCAGACUUUGAAACACUUAAAGACAAGUAUAUCGCCGAUACUCUGCCCCAACAGUUGGACGCUUUGUCCCGGUUUUUGGGUACCCGUCAGUGGUUUACCGGGACUGAUGAUAUCGUGAGGUUUUCACACAAAUAUUUUAUAAUUGUCUCAAAACUCGAGGAUUACAUGAAUGGUGUUUACGAUAUCCGCCGACAAUUGCCGCUAAUUAUGGCCCGAUUUGUGCUAUUAGUAGUGGGCGUG